AUGAAAACAAUACUGUUGCCCAAUCCCAGCUGCGGUGACAAGGAAAUAUCAUUUGUAGACCACCACACUGACAUGUUCCGAUAUUCUGGUUUGAUUGUGAAGGAAUACGCCUACUGUGCUGAUAACCGAAUCGACUUUGAUGGACUAAUCCGAGAUCUCCAAUCACCCAAAACACUUUCUGGGUCACCCAAGACUUCCUCUGGGCCUUCAAAUACUCCUUAUGUGUCACCCAAACUUUCUUCUGGUCCUUCAAAUGCUCCUUAUGUGUCACCCAAGACUUCUUCUGGUCCUUCAAAUGCUCCUUAUGUGUCACCCAAGACUUCUUCUGGGCCUUCAAAUGCUCCUUAUGUGUCACCCAAGACUUCCUAUGUUCCUUAUGUUUCACCCAAGGAUUCCUCUGAGCAUUCAAAUGUUCCUUAUGUGUCACCCAAGCCUUCUUCUGGGUCAUCAAAACCGUCAUUUGGGUCAUCAAAUCCUGCUUUUGGGUCAGCUAAUUUAUGUUCCGGUUCGGCAAAAUCCUCUUCUGGUGACUCAAAAUGGCUAACAGUUAGAGGACCAUACGUGACUGCAUUGGAGAAGACUUACUGUCGUGAUCACUUUACGUGUGCGGUCUCCAAUUGUGGAGUAUCCCUGGUGGACACGGCAUUCUCAGUGCAUCAAGACAAAUUGUACUGUCGGGAACACUACGCGCAGUACUACGCCCCUCGCUGUGAACAGUGUGGGGAAGGAAUUGUCGAGGUAGUGUGGGGAUUCAUGCCAGGAGUCUAUAGCUGCCCUGGGGUACUCUUUUUGGAGACGAGAGCAGAUUGGGAGUAUAUCUACGCCAAGUCGUGUGCAGACUGCCGCCUCAGGAUUGACCCGGGGGAUAGGUACAUCCAAGUGGAGGCGUUGGGCGGACAGACGUGGCACACUGAAUGUUUCCGCUGUUCUGUUUGCAGAAUGAACUUGGCGGGGGUUGCCUUUGUGUCUCGGAAUAGUCUUCCGCAAUGUUCUAAUCACUGAUUCGUAGAUGACGGUACUAACAUAUAUU